AUGACUAACAAACUAAAUGACCGACAACUCCCCACGUGGGUGUUGUCGGAUCAGUUUACACGCAGAGCAUCGAUCAGCACGAAUGAGAACAAAGUGCUCAAGCGCAAAUAUAAUACAGAACAAUCACCUUUCGCCGUUUAUGCUCGCCGGAGUCGCGCGACUCGGCCGGCACGCCCCGACACAGCCGUGGAUAACCUCGGCCAGAGCCCCCUCCCGGUGAAGAGGCUGCACGAAGCGCUUCAGAGUGCGCAAGCGAAGCGGCAGCGGCUCUCCCCCCCGUACCCCGCACCCUCGCCCCUCCACCCCAUCCACCAGCUGGCGGUGCACCAGCAUAUCAAGGUGCAGCAGAGCAUAGUGCAGCAGAGCAUCGUGCAGCAACACCAGCUGAACCUGGCCCACCAGUCGCUCCAGAACCUGCAGGCACAGAGCUUGCAGGCGGCCCAGAGCCUACAGGCGCAGAGUCUCGCGCAGAGCCCGCCGGCGACGGGCACGGGCGUGCAGCAGGCGGCAGGGGCUACGCAGGGCGCGCUGGUACCGCCCCAGCAGCCAUCGCCGCGGCCCACUUCACCGCAACACAAGAACAUGGAGCUCGCGCUCUGUCAAAGCAUGGAUUCCGUCAACACCGCCACCACUGAGGAAGAGCGAAGUGAAAAUGAUUACCUCACUCGAACUAGAUCGUGGAGACAUUCUUCGAACGAAUUGAACAGAAGAACUCUCGUAGAGCGGAAUAUAGACACCUCAACCGCUCCAACAGUUUGUCCAUCUAAUUUGUUCGGCGGCGCUCGACUG